AUGCCAUGGUGCUGUGGCUUGGCAAACAGCGGUGAGGCAGCAUCUACCGCUCUUAUCACCACCAAUAGUAACGCUGAUCUCGAACAGCAACAGUUAGAUGCUGCUAAUACAAGUGCGUCCAAAACAUCAACUACUUUUGAUAUUAAUUUUGGACCUAUGCUUGUGCAACCAAAGAAAACGCUUUCUGCCUUUUCCAAAUCAGUUGGAUGGUAUAUUACUGCACUGAUCAUCUUCUUAUUGAUCGAUAACUGCACUACAAAAUAUCAUCGGCAUUCCUUAUUGAUUGCUCAGAAUUUCUAA